AUGGUGUCGGAGACUUGGAUACUGAAGAUGGGGAACCAGGUGAGCAGCAAUUUGAAGCACGCAUUCCUUCUCGAACCCAGCAGCAGGAAGAAACCCACCAAGAGGGCGGCGGCGGUUACGGGACCCACGAAGGAAACCAUUGGAAUCCUCUCCUUCGAGGUCGCCAAUGUCAUCUCCAAAACCGUCCACCUCCACAGGUCCCUCACCGACCCCGAGAUCUCCAAGCUCAAAUCCGAGAUCUUGGGCUCCCAGGGGGUCAGGAACCUGGUCUCCCACGACGAUUCCCGCCUCCUCGAGCUCGCCCUGGCGGAGAAGCUCGACGACCUCAACAGGGUCGCCGCCAUCGUCUCCCGCCUCGGCAAGAAGUGCGUCGAGCCGGCUUUGCAAGGGUUUGAGCACGUCUAUGGGGAUUUAAUCAGCGGAGCGAUUGAUGUCAAGGAAUUGGGGUUUUUGGUCAAGGACAUGGAUGCCAUGGUUAGGAAGCUGGAGAGGUAUGUCCAUGCCACUGCUAAUUUGUACAGUGAAAUGGAGGUUCUGACCGAAUUAGAACAAGCUACUAAGAAAUUUCAGACGAACCAGCACGAGGAGAGCAGGAAGGCAUUUGAGCAGAAAGUGAUUUGGCAAAAGCAGGAUGUUGGGCAUCUCAAGGACGUUUCAAUUUGGAACCAGAGCUAUGAUAAAAUUGUGGAAUUGCUUGUUAGAACUGUGUGUACUAUUUAUGCUAGGAUUUGUGCUGUGUUUGGUGAAUCCGUGUUGCACAAGGAGGAUAGCAGUUGGUCUAUCUCUUCACUCUCUCCUUUUAAUACUAAGGAUGAGUGCUGGGAAGUUUCAGGGCAAUUAAAGAGGCCCUUUGUGCAGCAGAAGAAGCAGGUGAACAGCAAGGUUAAGCCUCCCCGGGUUGAUUCCAGGAAGCAUGGAGUUUCUUCUGUGCUUGAAGUUGGUGAUGUCAUGUUUCCUUGUGGGACGAGCCCUGGAAGGAUGUUCAUGGAGUGCCUUAGCUUGUCUAGCUCGGUAUCAAAGGUGGAUUACGAUGAUGAUGACGACGACGAUGAUCGAAGCAGCCAAAUCUCGAGCUGCAAAAGCAUGAUGAAUUCUAAUUUGAAACGAGCUCUUAGCCAUUUGAGUUGUGGUGAUGAAAGACAAGCGGAAACCAGCCCAUUUGGUGGGCCGAGGAGCAGAUCGACCAUCUAUGCCCCUCAAAGCACACUUGGAGGGUCUGCUUUGGCAUUGCAUUAUGCCAACGUCAUAAUCGUGAUAGAGAAGCUGCUUCGGUACCCUCAUUUGGUUGGCGAAGAAGCGAGGGAUGAUCUGUACCAGAUGCUGCCCACAAGCUUGAGACUUUCCCUGAGGAAGAAGUUGAAGUCGUAUGUGAAGAACUUGGCGAUCUACGACGCCCCACUGGCCCACGAUUGGAAGGAGAGCAUUGAUGGGAUGCUGAAGUGGCUUGCUCCACUGGCACACAACAUGAUGAGGUGGCAGAGCGAGAGGAACUUCGAGCAGCAUCAGAUUGUAGCGAAGAGCAACGUGCUGCUGCUGCAGACGUUGUAUUUUGCUGAUAGAGCAAAGACGGAGGGAGCCAUAUGCGAACUCCUUGUUGGGUUGAAUUAUAUAUGUCGGUACGAGCAUCAGCAGAAUGCGUUGUUGGAUUGUGCUAGUAGCUUCGACUUUGAAGACUGUAUGGAGUGGCAGAUGCAAUGUCGAGCUGCUUAUUUCAACUGA